AUGCCUAAGCGCCACCGUCAGCCUGACGCUAGUUUUCUCACACCUCCGUCACAUGCUUACUUGGAGCAAGUCAUUGAGGACUACGGUGACUGCCACGAGGAUUCGGACAGCUGUGCUAGUAACGAGUUCUUCAGCCGCAGGAUGGGGGACGAUGGAAACCAUUCUUCUUCGGUAGCUAGCCUUACUGACUGUGAUGCCACGUCAUCUGACGCGAGCAGCGUCGAUGACGAUGAAGCGGAUAGCGGCGAUGUGACGGUUGUGGAUGUUGACUUUGGCGUAUUCGAUAUCAGGGAGCAGGAUGUGAAUGCCAUCAUGCACCUCAUGGAUCAGUUUUGUCCCGAUAGGAUGAAUGAGGUAGACCGAGAGGACUUAGGCACUGCGUUUCUGAAGAGCCCUUUCACAUGCAUUGUGAAGAUCAGCAAUGAUUAUGUCUGCAACGAUGACAUCGCCAGCAGUGGGGGUGAGGAAGAGGGGGGAGUAGAGGAGGACGUCUAUGGUGUGGCCAGUGUUCUCGACCUUGCUCACGAUUCUCGGUUAGGUUCCCUGCUGAAUCUGUUGAAAACUGAUGUCUGGCGCACGGUAUCCCCAGGGGUUCUCCCAACGGAACUCCUCACAACGCUUGAAGAAAAAACAGGCCGAGCGAAAUGUGUUUUUCUCGUUGGUGAGUACAUUCGCAACGUCCCGCUGGAGUUAACCUCCCAUAUUCUGACUGACCUCGCAAAACGCUUUGAGGAAACCUUCGGAAGAAGGGUAGAAGAGAAUCUUAAGUCGAAGCAGGGGAAAGACGUAAUUCAUGCGACGUUCCCCUGUAUUUUUGCUGUCCUUUCCAAGAUUCAACGGGCGACCGACAGUCCUAGUGCUGAUACAGGUGCCGAGGCAUCAGCCGCAGACCGUAAAGAAGGCAGAGAUAAAUCGUUACCUCAAAAGAGGAAGAAACGAACAGUGACUCAACAACAUGAGGAGUUGGACAUGAAGCGAUAUGUUUUUUGGCGUGAAGAGGAUUCUGUGCUCUACGAGUUCAGGGAGAAACAUGUUGCGGUUGUGGCGUACCGUUGUCGUCCACAAUACGACAUGCAACCGGAGAACGACAUUCCCAUAUCCAUACUCUACGCCAUUACAUACAAGGGGUUGCAGGAAGCAAUAGCUGAGAUAAAGAAACGUGAAACUGCGCGGGCCAGUGUGCUGCAUUACUGA